CUCCCUUUUAAUUUUGCCGGUUAGUAGUAAAAGUAAUGGAGUCAAUAACAGACAAAGCUCGUGUCUAUGGCCCAAACCAACACGUCUGGCAGUCUGUUGCCGCGUUUCUAUGAAAGGUGGAUGUGUCAGUUGUAGAAUCGGAUUCAUCGUGAAAAUGCUGUGAAAGUGUUUUUAACAUAAAUUUGUGACUGAAAAUUGUAUUAAAUAAUAAGUUUGAGUUUUGAAAAACAGAGUGAAGUGUUUAUUUGUGAUUUUUAGUGGACGUUUGUGUGUUAAAUCGUGAGGUAAAGCUGUACAUCGGUGCGAUUACUUCAAGUUCGCCGGCUUAUCUUGUUGUGGAAAUGCUGUUCGACUCUUAUAGAUGCCAACGAUGUAGACUGAGCGAGUUCAAAACAGAACGGUGAAAAGUUUGACGAGCAAGUGAACGUUUUUGAAAUUCCCAUCCUUGUUUGUGCUGUGGCGUUUAAAUUCCAAAUUUAAAAUGCGCGACGGCGAUUGGCUUUUGCGCCGAGUGUUUAUGUGAUUAGUGAUGUGUUGUGUCGAUAGUGGUUAUCGAUAGUCGUCAAAAUGGCGACGAUGGAUCUUACCAACGAGGUGAUCCGCCUGCGGGCGGAGCUGGAGAAGGUGUCCACAGAGAGAGACAUGCUCCUCUGUGAAGUCUCCAACUUGAGACGGGAGUUAGAACUGAGCGAGUUGAAACACUUGCAAGAUGACGUCAGCUUCUCUCAGAAGGUAGACGAAGAAGAGGGAACGGGUGGGGUGGCUUUGCAUCCCCCCGACGGAUUCUAUACCCACCAGCAUUCAAUCCACGCCCAUCAUGCCCACACUGCAGAACCCGAUCGAGGAUACAUGGAGGGCAACAGAUAUGUCACUGCUGUUCAUCGACCAUUACCUGCUCUAAACCACUCGAACUCGUCAUGCUCGUCGGCGUCGAACGCGUCCACGGGGGCGGGGCUGUGCGUGGGCGCAGCCGAGCCGGCGCCACCGCUGUACAUCGCCGCCCCACCAGAGGGCUUUGGACACGCGGUUCAUACAAACAGCCGUUAUGAAAUGUCCCAAGACCUUCUGGACAAACAAACGGAGAUCCUAGAACGAAGGUACGGAGGGUUAAGAGCAAGGAGGGCUGCGGUGACCAUCCAGAGGGCAUUUAGGCGACGACAGCUGCUGAAGAAGUUUAGUGCCAUCACAGCUAUGGCUAAGGCCGCUGACUCAAACGCGAGGAGGCUGCAAGAUGGGCCGGAACAUGGCCAACUAGUCAAUGGUACAGAUAUAUACGCGAACACGAUACUACAGAAGAGUCCUGGUGGAGUGGAGAAGGCCCUAGCACUUACCAGGCCUAUGCGGUCAAUGUCGCUAAGGGAACGACAUGACAUUGAUAUGAGCAAUCACAUGGUUUGCGAUCCACAAAGCGAGGUGGAAGCUAUGGUGGCAAGAGUCCAACAGUCGGCCCAUCAGAUCCACAUGAUUGCAUCUGACAUGCCACCCCUACACCGUGGAGACGCCGAUAGCGGGGUGUGCAGUUGUUCUGUAAGCGGAUCCGUCACCAACAUAUCUACGUCCUCAUCACACAAUGAAUCUCUACACAACCAUCAGUUAUUAAAUAAUACAGGUCCAAUAUACGGGAACCUGUUAUCAUCAGGUGGCAAGCCGCUCUCGUCACCGACAGCGCGUCAACAACAACAGUUGGCCGCUAUACAAGCUGCUAACGCCAGGCGUCUCCCGCCUGAAGUACCAAAGCGGACUAGCAGUAUUACACUCAAUGCGGAGAGUCCAGUAUCGCUUCGCCGAGCUGAAUGUGGGGCAGUUGUUCGCGGUGGUUCCAUGUCCUCAGUGCAAUCCUCUUCAUCGUCAUCAUCGCAGGAGCACCGCCACCACUAUCACCAGCCGUACCAACCUAGAGCUCCGGAGCCCGUGCAGGCGGCCUACGCAGGUCGUGGCCCUGGGUAUGAGGAGAGGUUCUCAGUAUGGAAGCGGCAGGACGCGCCGCCGUACUACGAGGCCCCGGCCGCCGCAUGCUGCAGGCCCGCCCACGACCACCUGCCUCAUGCUCACCAGCCGCUCAAGGUCUCAGAAACGGUCCGCAAGCGUCAGUACCGUGUUGGUCUGAACCUCUUCAACAAGAAACCAGAACGAGGCAUAGCCUACCUGAUCUCCCGCGGCUUCCUCGAGAACUCUCCUCGAGGAGUCGCCAGGUUCCUCAUCACAAGGAAGGGGCUUAGCAAGCAAAUGAUCGGAGAAUACCUUGGAAAUCUGCAGAAUCCUUUCAAUAUGGCUGUGCUUGAGUGCUUCGUAAACGAGCUAGAUCUAUCAGGUAUGGCAGUGGACGUGGCAUUACGUCGCUACCAGGCACACUUCCGUCUGCCAGGCGAGGCUCAGAAGAUAGAGCGGCUGGUGGAAGCCUUCGCUAGGAGGUACUGCGUCUGUAACCCUGACUUCGUGCAAAGAUUGAGGACUCAGGAUACGAUAUUCGUCCUAGCAUUCGCCAUUAUAAUGCUAAAUACAGACUUGCACACACCGAACCUCAAGCCCGAAGCUCGCAUGUCGUUGGACGACUUCGUACGUAAUCUGCGCGGCAUUGACGACUGUGGCGACAUAGAUCGAGAUAUGCUGGCCGGUAUAUACGAUCGGGUGAAGUCCAGCGAGUUUAGACCCGGCAGUGAUCAUGUUACGCAGGUGAUGAAAGUGCAAGCGACAAUAGUAGGCAAGAAGCCCCACCUGGCACUCCCGCACCGUCGUCUCGUUUGCUACUGCCGACUCUACGAGAUCCCCGACAUACACAAGAAAGAACGUCCAGGAGUGCAUCAGAGAGAGGUGUUCCUGUUCAACGAUCUGCUGGUGAUUACAAAGAUCUUCAGCAAGAAGAAGUCCUCAGUAACGUACACGUUCCGCCAGUCCUUCCCCCUCUGUGGCAUGCUCGUCAACCUGUUCUCUGUGCCACAUUACCCUUUCGGUAUCCGUCUAUCCCGUCGCGUGGACAGUCGACGUCUAGCCACGUUCAACGCGCGCAACGAACACGACCGAUGCAAGUUCGCAGAGGACCUGCGCGAGAGUAUCGCGGAAAUGGAUGAAAUGGAGGCCAUGAGGAUCGAGGGAGAACUCAAUAGAGGGAAAGGAAGGGCCGCUGGGAACUCGGCUAGGAAUGUAAUGGAGAACAGAGACAGCGGUGUGGCCGAUGUAGAAAUUGAUCACCAGCAGUGUAUGGAUCAUGUUCACAUGCAUGGCGUGGUGGUCCCCCCGCCACCAUCGUGCCCGGCCCCGGCAGCCCCCAUGCGCUCCCAGAACCCGCCCCCCACCACCAUCAUCAAGAGGAACGUACUCAGCAACUCGCUUGUUGAUAUUAAUGAUCCAGUGGCUUUAGCAGCGGAGCGACUUCAACGUCGCGGCUCGGUGGGGUCCUUGGACAGCGGAAUGUCCGUGUCCUUCCAACAGGGGAGCAGGACCGCGCUACACGCCACCUCGCCUAGACAUCCCAAUGAACAACGUUCCCCUGGUCGUCUGUUCGGAGGCAUUGGAGGCAUCAGUGGCAUUUUCCCAGGACGUAUACGUAAAUUAAGCGCAUCCGGAAUUCCGGACAAUAAGCACGGACAAGUCGGCAAAAGCACCGAAGUCUAAACUUCAUAACCCAACGGUAUACAUCGUUAUUUUGAAUUUGGAACUCCCAACGAAUUCUCGACCCUGAUUGGUCGAAUUCAUUAGCCGAUCGUUCACGAACGCAAUCGGGAACUUUCGUUUUUUUAUUUGAGUAAAGAGGUUUGCUUUAAUAGGUGAUUGUCGUAUUAAAUGUAAUAGUUUCAUUAUUUUAAUGGUCGGGUACCUCAUUUUCUAAGUGCCAUUCUUUAUUUCAACGCACUCGAUUGUAAACUUCAAGCUGAUUUGAUUUUUAAGGUGAUUUAUAUUAUAAUGAUAUUCACAAAUGAUAUUAUGCACGUAGAAGGGUCAUUUUCCCUUAAUAAGUCGUAAUUAUUAGGUCGUCUUCGGAAACUAUGAUGUUAUACUAGAUUCCUUGAAGACCAGUAUAAGCGUAAAGUCCUUUGUGAAUAUUUUAAAUUCUCAUCCAUACCUAGAUAAGGUAUACGAAUACAAUUUUUACUCUAGUAAAAAUAUCUAUCAAAGACUACAUUUCGCCCUCAUUUUCUCAGUCGAAUGUAGCCUUAAUUUAGCUACACUUGGCAUUAGAACUACAAAUUUUGUAGCUGAGACCGUUUUUACGUUGUAUUUUGGCUACAUGUGACUAAAGCUUCGUCAGAAUUCAGAUACAUUUGACUUUUUUUGUAUCUGUGGUUCUAACCAGGGUAGGUUUAUAAGCAUUUGGGGUGGUUUUGGAUAAUUUGUAUUUUACUAUACAAACGUGCCAACAUGAGUAUGGUACUCGAAUUUAUUAAUAUAACAAUAAUACAUUUGACUAUGAUACGUUCACGGAAUGACGUAAAAAAAUAUACUUAAUAUGACUUUGAAGAAAUACUUAAUUAAAAUGGCUACACUCAUUUGUUUCUCGUAGCCCGAAAUACAGUAAUAUUUAGUAUAUAUUUCUUCAACAAAAAGUAGCUGUUCAAGGAAAUAUAUAGACACAAAAUGACCUUUAUUUUCAUAGCGACGUUACUAUCAGAAGAAACUUAAACGUAGAAAAAUUAUAUACUUAAUAUGUAAAUGAAUAAGCCUCAUUUUUAAUUAAAGAGGUUGUUAUAACGAAAAUGUAUAGAUAAUGGGAGUUUCGUAUGAAUCGAAGAUAAUAUUGGGUCCACGUUUUUGGAAGUAUAUAAUUCUUAGAUGUUGGAGUGAAUCACUCACUAUUUCUGAAGAAAAUAACUCAUUAAAAUUCGUUGAAACAUUUUUCUGAAAGCAAAUAAAUUAAAUUAAUUUAUACCCAAAAGCGACGUCCAUAUUAAAUAAAUAUUGGUAACCAAAUUAAUUAAAUGGCAACAAAUAAAAUCAUCAUCAUCUUGCAACACAGAACGCUAGUUCUGUAUGAUUGCAUAACUUAUGCUUCUUAUCACAAACUAAGAUCAACUUAACGUUAUGAUAAUAAAUUUAUCUCAGGAAUAGUGAAGUGGUUCUAAAUCUAGCUAGAGUUUUAAAUGUGGAAUUACUGGACGGUACCGAAUGAAAAUAAUCGCCGAUUACUCAAACACAGUUUGAGUCAUAUAUGAAAACUGUGCUUAGUAUUUGGCGAUAUAAAAAAAAAAAUAUAUUAAAUUGAGACAAAAGAAUAUUCACUUUUUAGAUUCACACAUAAAACAUAUUUUCCAUUGCAUGUUACCAACCGAAAAGUAUUAUAAAGAUUACUUUUAAUAAUAAAUUAAUGGAGAAAAAAAAAGAAAAUUUUAUCUUUAGAAGUUCAUGAUAUUUUCCGUAGAAUAAUUGUACAUACGUUUGGAAUAGCGAAUGCAAUAGAGUUUCUGGAGUACACAAAUUAUUUCAGCACAGAGCAAAGAAUACAUAGACAUCACAGUUUUAAAAAAAUAUUUAUUAUUAAAUAAAAAUAAAAAAAAUACGAAUUUAUUCACUAUUGUUGAUGAAUUUUAUUAGAUUAGGCGAUUUGAGGAAUUUUAAUAUAGGAUAGUAACCUUUUGAUUCCUGAUGUAGGUAGAGACCUGUCGUCAACAUUAUGAUGUCCACAAGACCUAUAAAGACGAGGGCCUUUUGUCCGUUGAAGAUAAAAAAGAACAAUUUAAUAUUGUGAAAAACAUUCACAAAGAAAUUUACUCAAUUGAGUCACUUGGUAUUUUUUGGUCAAUAUAGAUUUGGUAGCCCAAUCUCCCCCAAAGGCUGGCAACAUACGUGCUAGUGUUGCCAGUGUCAAUAUCCGGCGCUAAUUGUUCUCCAUCAGGUACGAUAAAAAAAAUAUGAAAAUAUUUAAUGAAAAUAAUUCUUCCAUUACAGUUGAUUCGGACAAAAGUUACUCAUCUAUGUAGGUACUAAGAAAAAAUCUAUAAAGAGAAAUUAUAAUAAUAUUAAUUAAAAAUAAUUAAAUUAAAAUCUUCCAAAAAUAUGUACGAUUUUCUGUAUUCGACUACACUUGAAGGCUGCUUUUGAUUUUUCAUUUAUUAUACGUAUAUUUAAAUAACGUUACCGAUUCGUAAUUUUCAUGGAUUUUACCGUAAAUUAUUACUAGAUAGUGAUAAGCGUAUAGAGGAUUGGCCGGCCGCAUCACUUGCGCGUGCGCAGGAUUACAAAUUUUCCUAAAAGACGGAGGUUAGUAUGAAACCGUCUGAUUUUAGUCAAAUAUUUUUGAUUCAGUUAUAGCGUGACAUGAUAUAUUUCAUAUCUAUUCUUUUUCUGUCUUUCAAACUAUCUUUUUAAACCUAGUACUACAGAUCAUGCAAAGAAAAUUAGACUCUAAUUCAAGGAAAAACAAGAUACAAUUCAAAGAGCAGAAAAGAGACGGAACUAACAAAAAUAGAUCUGUCUCUUUUCCGCACUGAACAAAAAAAACUUUUUUCAGUAAUCUAUAAUACGUAUCGUAGGCCGGCCAGGUAAAUGAAAAUGUUGACUAAUCUAAAACUAGCUAACUGUUGAUUUUGUACCGGUUUUUAGGCUUGUUGUUUCUACAAUUUGAUACGAAUGUAGAUAGAAAAAUUAACGACUUGUUAUAGGCGAGGGCUAUGGGAUAAAGGACCUUCUUCCAUUAUAUUAAAGAUCAAUUUUACAUGUAGCAAAAUUUUUCUUCAAUAAGAAAAAUAUGCCAUGUAAUUGACUUAAAAUUGUCCAAUGUUUAUGGUUAAAAUUAAUAUUUAAUGUCGACAAAGUUAUAUAAUUUAUAUAUAGAAGUUUUAUUCGGCAUUGAUAUUAAUUUUAAUUCAUUAUUUAAUUCUAAUAUUAAAAAAGAAUUAAUCUGUCCAUUCUAUUCUGAAUCUCUAAAUUUCAUUAUAAAUUUUGUGUUCGUUUUUUUUUUUAUAUUAAUACAGUCGAGCACACAGCAAUAGAAAUAUUUUACGUUUUUUUUUAAAUAAAAAUUGUAUUUUUUUGUUUCACAAUUGUUCGAUUUUUAAAACGUCCGAAUCAUUUGUGUGUUUGACUGUAAACGUGUUCUAAGCAUCUUUCCUAGUUCUUAAAAAAAAUGUAAUGCAUGACAAAUUGAAAGGAAUUGAUGUAAAUCGUUACUUCGUUGGAUUUUGAUCCUAAUGUGUAUUGUAUUAACGAUCUUUUUGAAUUAAAUAUAAAUUAUCCCAUAAAGUUUCGUCAAGGGACUCGAAUGUAAUGUUUGUAAGCGUAUUUCAAGCGGAAUGCGUCUUUAUUUUGAUAGGGUUAUGGUAUGGUUUUGUGGUGACGUGGUGUAUUUCUGAAAUUUUCUUAUAAGUAUUUUUAAUUAAUUAAAUUUAUGAACAUUGCUUCCAAAUUUAAAUAUGCCAUACUUAUUUUGUAUCAUAAAAUACUUAUCUACUCCUUUAAAUGAAACUGAUUUAACUAAUUUGCUAUGCAAGUUUGAACCUUAUGUCCUUUAUCUGUAUAGAAUAUUUUCAGUCAUGAAAUAUCAAAGAAAUACACCAAUGUUUGUAUGUGAAAAAAAUAAUAUCGAAUAGCUUUUGUAGAUUCGCUUGGCGCCAAAGAUUUUAUAAAUCCUUGUGUUCAGUCUCAAUGAACGUUUUAAGGAAAACAAAAAUAAAAAUUGUUUUCUAAUUAUUACGAUAAUUUUCGAUUUGUAAGCCUCAAUAUAAAUAUAUCUUAGCGGGCUGUAUAGUUUUAUUCAUAAUUUCUACAAUUCAUUUCUGUGUACAAUAAUAAUAAUUACCGUCUUUUGACCGUUAUUUUUCAAAAUAUUUUCUAAUUAAUUCUUAAACAUCACGUCAUUUAUGAUUGAAUAAAACUAUACUAUUCUUAAGUUGUAAUAGAUUUAAGUGGUUUUCAGUUUUUGUAUAAAUAAACUUACUAACUUAUUUCUAUGUAUGUAUAUUGAAGAGUUUUCCUAAUAUAUAUUCCUUAGUUAAAAGUUGUUAAAGAAAAACUUAGAUUUUAAGCAAUAACGCGUUCGCGUCUACAUGUUGUAUGAUAAAAAGUUGUUAAAAGUUGCUACAACUAAGUCACAUAAUAAUAGUUUUAUUUAAAACAUAAAACGAUGGAAAUGUAUUUAUUUAUUAAAUAUGAAUUAACAUUCAUG